UGAUAAAUGCAUUUUCGUUCUGAACCCUCUCUCCUUCUCAUCGGCACUCUCCCACAACCAACAAAUAGAAAUGGCAGCGGCGCUAGUCAGAAGCGGGCGAUCCAACCACCACUUAGCCACCAUCAUCCGCCAUUCCUCCACCGUAUCCACCACCAUCAAACCGUCACAUCACAAGGAGCACAGCCAAAACCAGGUAUACCUAAAACCCAACAACACAAUCGGAAGCUGGGAACCCCCGAAAACCCCCAAAGAAGCCGAAGCAAAACUCGCCUUCCUCCGCCGUGACUACGCGAAGCAAGUCAAGGUGCUUCGCAAGCAGUACAUCCACGAGAUGGAGUUGCAGAGGGAGGAGCAGCUGCGGAAAGACGAGGCCCGCAAGGUUGAGAUUCUCCGGCAGAGGGAGGAGCGAGACAAAUAUAAGGCUGCUGCUGCUCAGGUUCGUGCUACUGAGCGUAAGGCGUUUGAGCAGGAGUUUCGCCAUACCCUGAUGAAAGAAAGAAGAGAGAAGCUUGAAUACUGGAGAAUGAGAGAAAAGGCAAUUGAGGGGAAAAAGGAGGAUAAAAAAGAACUUAUCCGUAGGCAAAGCUCCGAGUGGAUUGAUGAGGAGAAGUUUGAGGCGAUUAUAUUGCAAAAGGUUGUUGAUCAUCACACCCAACUUUAGACACUGAGGAUUGGUUUGAGUCUUUUGAGAGUUUGGAGUUGUAUACCAUGUUCCCCAAAAUUUUGCAUAGUGUAAUUGAUCCUUGCACUAUUUUGUCUCGGGUCUCAUCUCAUUUUCAAAAAAAAUGAUGCAAGUUUCCGUCCAUCUAUUCUCUGAUGUAGUGACAAAUUUUUGCUAUAGCUGUUCUGUUACAGCUUUGACUGGAGUGGCGGCAGUCUGUCAAUGAGUGUUCUACGGUAAUUUUGACUUAUCACCAUUGUAAUAAAGUACUCCAUACUA